AUGGACAGAGAAAUCAAGUAUAGAGGUGUGAGGAAGCGGCCGUGGGGGAAGUAUGCCGCCGAGAUACGAGACUCCGGCAGGCAAGGCGCGAGAGUGUGGCUGGGGACGUUCAAUACCGCGGAGAAAGCUGCCAGAGCCUAUGACCGCGCCGCCUACUCCAUGAGAGGUCACAAGGCGAUCCUCAAUUUCCCACAAGAGUAUAACUUGCCAAGCAGCUCCUCGCAUUUUGCCUCCUCGUUGGAUAACGGGAGACAAGUUUUCGAGUUCGAGUACUACGAUGACAAGUUGUUGGAGGAACUUCUUGAUCAAAAUCACCAAUCUGAGAAUAAGUAG